AUGUCAACUUUUGACAAUGAAAAUAAUGGUAAGGAAUUCCAUGCCAAAUUCUCAGAUAUCCACCCUCAUCAUGAUCAAGUAAUUUCCAUACCGUUAGCAACCUCUAUAAAGGCCUCAAAAAAGUAUAUACCUUCGAUAAUGACAAUCUCCAUGUCAAAUAUUUAUCCAUUCCUAAUAAUAAUAGACAAUUGUCUCAAUAGAAUCCUAUGGUUACACAAUACCCAUUAUCACUAUUUCAACUACGUCAUCUUCAUAUUCUUAUCUAUGAAAUAUUUUCUUCAAGAAACGGUACGGUUUAAAUUCGAUGAUAUAUUAACGGCAUGGCUGGGACUCGUCAGUACGAUCAUCUUAUGCACUUCAAUACUAUAUUACAUUGUGGCAUUAUUUCAUGAUUUGAAAACAGCAGAUCCUCCAACGAUAGAAGAUAUAAUAAAUCAAAUAGAUUCAAUAACAAAUAAAUUAAGAAUCUUACAAAGAGAAUCAUUCUUCUCUUCACGAAAAUCAUAUUCCGUAACUUCAAUAUGUAAGAUAAUAACAAUAUCUUCAGUUAUUCAGUGGAUUUUAAUUAAAUGGAUAUCAAUCACUAUACAGAAAUACGUACUCAUCUGUGUUAUUGCCAGCGUAUGUUAUCAUUGUGAUUGGGUACAGUACACGUUAAAAUUGAUUUGGAGAAUAACUUUGGUCAGGAAUAUAUAUCAUUGGGAUGAUAUAAUUUGGAAAAAAUGGUUUGGUGGGGCUCCUGUAACUAACCUAGAAACAUUAAUCAAAUACACAGAUAAUAGACAACCUCAUAGAGAAGAACAAGAACCUGGUAUUAAUGAAAGUUUCGUUAUUAAAGAUUGGUACAUAGAUUUAGAUCAUUAUCAUCACGUCGACCAAGAGAAUGAGAAUGCAGAGCCCAAGAUAUUAAAAAUUUUGGAAAUUAUAAUCUGGGAGAAUCAAAGAAAAUGGUUACAUUUGGGUUGGUUAACUAAAUUAUUUCCUUAUGAACGUGGUCAAUUCUCCAUAGUAAAAAAUCAAGAAGGCAAUGAGCAUAUAGACUGUAAUAAUCCGUUGAGUUUUGAGCAAGUCGAUGACCAUUACAAGUGGUUAGAAGAUUCAUGGCAAAUCGAUGAUUGGAUAUAUUCAACUUCUUCUUGGGAAUAUGUUGGUUUGAGUGAUUCCAUCGAAUGCUACACGAGGUCAAGACCAUGGAAAAGAAAGGUUGCACUAUUUCCAUCUGUUAAGGAUUUACCACUCUAUGAGAAAAAGACCCAAUAG